AUGCGCGCUCGCGACAACGCCCGCCCGUCUUCCGGCCCGUCCGCUACCAGCGACUCUGCAGCCGGCGCAGAGCAAGAAGGCACCGCAGGAUCAAACCUACAGCCCGCGCGAGAGCACAAGAAAAGCGACAGCAGCACCGACGUAUCCAACGGCGCACGACAGUCGGAAAACGGACACCACACCGACCCCAGAGCAACAACAGCAGAGUCCGCAGCCGCAGCCACCACGCGGCGAGAAAAAGGAUGGUGGACGGGAUUCUGGGAGAAAUACGGAAGCGUAGAGUUGGAUAACAAGGGGAGUGUAGCUAGGGAUCAUUUGGCAUUGGAACGGACAUUUCUCGCCUGGCUUCGUACUUCGCUUUCGUUCGCCAGCAUCGGCAUAGCGAUAACGCAGCUCUUCCGGCUGAAUACUUCGCUAGCGGAUUCGCCAGAUCAUUCGUCGCUGUCAUCGCACCAGGUUAAGCUAAGGCAGCUGGGGAAGCCGCUGGGCGCGACGUUUAUAGGGAUAAGUAUUGUGAUGCUGUUGAUUGGGUUUCACAGGUACUUUGAGGCGCAGCAUUAUGUUAUACGGGGCAAGUUUCCUGCCUCGAGAGGCAGCAUUAUUCUAGUUAGCGCUAUUUCAGGCGCGCUGAUAGGAAGCAGUCUGGUUGUCAUCUUGAUUACGGCGCCCGGUGCAUUCGAGACUUGA